AUGAGAAAGAAGGAAGGAAAACGACGGCCUUCUCUCAGUCAGUACGUCUAUCUGUCCGUCCGGUUCGUCUUGUCGGUUCCUCGUUUCGGUGGAGGAUUCCUAGAGUGGGACAAUGGUGGUGGCCGAAGGGGGAAAUCCGAAAGAGGAGGCGAAUCAAGAACGGAGAAGAAGAAGAAGAAGAAGAAGAAGAAGCAGGAGAAGGAGAAGGAGAAGGAGGAGAAGGAGAAGAGGGAUAAGAAGAAGAUCCACUCCACGCUUCCGGCUAUGAUGCUGCAGGACGUGAUGUCGAUGAAGCCCGAAGAAAGGGAGAUCGAUCCGUUUGGAGACGGAUGAGCAAGAAGCAAGUAUCAAGAUGGAUGGAAGGGGCAGUAGGAGUAGAUGGAAGAAGAAGUAGUAGUAGUAGUGGUAGUAUGUAGUGGUGGUAGUAGUAGUAGUAGUAGUAGU